AUGUUUAGAUGGAACCACACCAGCUUAUCCUCCAACAAGUCAAAGUCCCAUCGUGAGCUCCGCUACGCCACAUCGCCCCCUCUUCUACCCCCUGAGCUCAUCGAAUCUAUCAUCGAUGAAGUAGGCCUCUUGGACGACAUCCCCACCCUCAAAGCAUGUGCGCUCGUUGCUACCCCUUUCGUCUUCCGCGCUCAGAGCCACAUCUUCCGCACCAUCGACCUUGACCGUAAGGUUCCCCGCUGGAAGACCCACCAUAGAUUUCACCGCCUCCUUCUUGCAAAGCCCCAUCUGGGAUUGCACGUGCGCCGGAUCCGUGUCGGCGAUGAUGCAGAGGACGAGUUCGGGAGCCGCGGCGGCAGCAGUAGGCGGCGCGCAGGUGGGGGUGGGGGCGGGUGGGGAAACAGCGCUACGUGGAAUGGGGCUGAAUCUGGAGGGUGGAUACUGUCAUCCAAGACACUGCCUAUUACUCUACAGCUCCUCCCGCGGCUGGAGGGGUUCUCGUUGAGCUUCAACUCAGAAAUGACUGACUGGAGGAUUAUCCCGCCUGAGACACGCGCCGCGAUUGGGAGGCUAUUCAGACUACCCACUCUCAAUGCAGUCUCUCUCGAAUUUAUCAGGUCAUUUCCACUGCAGCAUCUUCUAUCCCUCGCGCGCCUGCGGUACAUCGGCCUGUCAUGCGUCGAGGUUGAACCAAUGACUAUAGGAGCCGCCAAUAUGCUUCCUCCGGAGCUGGCGGAGGGACGCUGGGUGCCCCGCUUGGAAUCUUUGUAUCUACGUGGGACUUCCUCUGCUACCAUUAAAGCAGUCGCUCAUUCCCUUACAUUGUCGUCGUCGUCGCCGUCCCCUCAGACUCUCAAGAAACUUUCCAUUACACCGACAUUCGAGGAAGGCUUCUGCGAUUCCAUAAGCGAGAUGAUCAACGCUACUGGAUCUAACAUCACGGUGUUCGAAUGGCUCCCUUCAAUCCAUUUUUGUUUUGUGACUGUGUAUGCUGCUUCGUUGGCGGAAGAUUAUUCUUCUCGGAAUCGCCUUGGCGAUCCCUUGGAUGGUUCUGAAUUUGCCGUCCCUUCUUCUUUCGCCCCACUUGGUUCCUACCCCACAUUCGGCGCUUUUGCUUCGGGAUUUCCCAAUCCCUACAAUCGCGGCAGCUCAAUUGGUUCGAUCAAUAUGGGUGCUCUCCCUUACCUGCGUGUCCUACGCUUCCUCGUGAGUUUCCGCAAGACACACUCGCACGGGCCAUUUCCAGAGGUCCUGCGCCUUCUAGGCCAAAUUUCCUCGUCAUCAUCCAAUGCCGAUAAUGCACACACACACACACCCAAUCGUAUCGAAACGAUCAUAUUUGACUGCCACUGCAUUCGUACACCCACCUCCUCCCACCGGUCCCAUAGCACACUAGAAAACCCAGACGCAGACCUCAAAUCUCUGCACGCGGACUGGCGUCCCAUCGACAAAAUUCUUUCCCGCCCCGCCUUUGCCUCCUUGAAGAGCGUGCAGAUUCGGCUGUCGACGAGCACGAGUGUGCCUGCCGCGCGGGAGCGGUUUACGCGCGCCUUUGCGUUCUUGCUACCGGCGCUCCAGGCGCGUGGCGUGGGAAUCAGUGUGCGCACUAGAGAAGAUGGGGAUGAGCGAUUUGUGUUAGAGGACUUCGGGAUUUAG